AUGUCCUUCUCCACCGAAUGCAGCCUUCUGGUAGGGAGUCCAGAUGUACUGGUACCUGGAAUAAACGGGCGUGCUCAACGAAAUGAAAGUACCAGUACCCGGAUGAAGGUAUAUUUCCGAGCCAUUGGGCCUUGUAGGUAUCCUCCUGUACAUGGAGCACACACCGUAGGCUGGGAAGGCAUGCCCCAGGCCUUGCCAAGGUUCCGCCGCUGUUGCGUGUCGUCUCCUGGGAUGGCGCUGAUGAUUCCUCUCAUUGCGGCUCGCGGGGUGCUGGAGUUCGAUUUCUACGGCUGA